GCUCUGUCUCUCUGCCAGCAGGACCUGCUGGAGUCUCACUAGAGGAGAACCACUCGGAAGACAAGACUCACAUGUUCUGUCCGCUACUCGUGGCAAUUGAAGGAAACAAAAGUAUGAUCUUGAAGGAAUAAAAACACUCAUUGUUUCCCUGACACAGUAUUUACAGAUUUAACUAUCUGGACCUGGUGGAAGAGACGAUCUAAAGUCGGAGUUAUGGAUCCAGAACGGCAAAAGCGUAAAGAAGAAAUUCAGAAAGCUUUGGGAUUCAUUCAGUCAUCUUUGCCUUUCCCUGAACCUGAAGGUUAUGAGGCAUUUCUGACUCAGCUAGUGUGUAAUUUGUUGGACGAGGGUAACGCAGUGUUUCGCGAUGGAGAGUGGAGACAGGCGGAUGUACAUUACAGUGAGGGUGUAAAUGUAGCUCGCUAUGCUCAGUCUGAAGCACUGGUCAUUCCCCCAGAGCUGUUGGAGAGCCUCUAUGUGAACCGGGCUGCUGCACACUACAGUGUAGGGGAAUUUGAACGUGGAGUGCAGGAUUGUGACAGCGCACUGUGUGUUUCGGAGGGCAGUCGCAGAGCACUCUACAGGAAGGCACUUUGUUUGAGGGAGCUGGGCCGACUCAGAGAGGCUUAUGAGUGUGGCACUGGAUGCCUACUAACUGCACCUCAUGACAGGCAAGUUAGUGAACUUGCUCAGGAUCUAGCCAACAAACUGGGUUUGAAAAUCCGCAAAGCCUACGUCAGCCCUCAGCUUGAUUCCACAGCUUCUGGGACAGAUAACAAUGGAGACACAAAUUCUCCAACAGGGGAGACCUCCUCAAAUGGUCUUGAGUCUUUGACUGACAUUGGCUCAGACCUUACAAGUGCCCAAUGCAUCCCUGCCCCUUUGGCAACACCAAUCCCAGUCAGUGAUGAUCCCCAAAUGCCCACACUCAGCCCAGUUGUGCCCCAAGACAUGCCCGAGAGCCCAAGCCAGGAGCCGUCGGGGCGGGUACCAUACUCUGUGCCUGUAUCUGAACACAUGGUUGAAUGUGUGAUGAAUGAAGAAUGUCCAGAUACAAUGCUGGAAAGUAUUCCCAAAGGAUUGGAGGUCAGCGUGAACCCAGUUCAGGGGGCCAUUCCCACUAACCUUCCAAACACUGCUGUGGGUUUGAGACCUUCAUACUCUCCUGUACUUACAGCCUCCUCCUCUCAGCUUACAUCUCCCUAUUUCAACUCUGCUGUCAGUCCACACACCCCACUGGAAUCAUUCUCAGUGCUGGGUCAAAGCGAAGUGUCUUCCCAAGCGAUGGACUCCCUUAGCUCCUUCAGCUCUGGGGCUGCAACAGGAGACACUGCUGGAAAGAUGGGGUCUGGAUCACUGAGUACAGGAGGAUUGGAUUCCCUCUCUGAGUACACACUUCCUGGUGGACGAGUAUUUCACAGUUUCAUCUCUGGUUUGCGGAACCAUAAUUCCAUCAAUGCAAAUGGUCCAGCAGUUACCAACCUCUCUUUGCUGUCACGAAACCCUCUGGCUGCAACACAUGAGUUUAGACAGGCCUGUAAUGCCUGCUACAGUCGCGUAGGGCCCCGGGUCAUAGACUACCUUUAUCAGCCUGAUGCAGCUCAUCGCUGUAAGCGAGAUGUGCUGCUCUGUCGCCUCAAAAUGUCAGAUGACCCCACUUGGAAGAGGGUGCGACCCCGCCCUGCUCGUAAUAACUUCCUUGGGGCGUUUGUCCUCUGCAAAGAGGUACAGGAGCGUCAGGAGUGCCAGUAUGGCGAAAACUGCACUUUUGCCUAUUGCCAGGAAGAGAUAGAUGUGUGGACCCAAGAGAGGAAGGGAGCCCUAAGCCGAGAGCUUCUGUUUGACCCUCUGGGGACCAACGAACGGCGGGCCCUCAGUGUCACUCGUCUGCUUCAGCUCCAUAUGGGCAUGUUUAUGUUCCUCUGUGAGGAAUGUUUUGACAGUAAGCCUCGUAUCAUUAGCAAGCGAAGCAAAGAGAAUCUGGCUGUGUGUUCCAACCUCACUGCACGACAUCCCUUUGAUGAUAACAAGUGCCUGGUGCACGUGGUUCGCUCAGCAAACGUGCGCUACAGUAAAGUACGUCCUCUUCAUCCGCUUUGCCAGUUUGAUGUGUGCCGCCAUGAGGUGCGUUAUGGCUGCCAGCGGGAGGAUAGUUGCUCUUUUGCACACUCAGUCAUUGAGCUCAAGUGUUGGGUGCUUCAGCAGGACACAGGUAUUACCCAUGAAGAGAUGGUGCAGGAAUCUAAGAGACACUGGCACCGAUUGGAACAGAAUGCACAGAGACAGAAGCCCAUGCUCGGACCCCACCAGCCCAUUAGUAACAGCAGUGCUGUCAGCACUAGUACUGUGGUCAGUGGUGGAGACUGUAUCGGUGGAGGAGGCACAGGAGGAGGGGGACUAGUAGGAUGCGGUCGAGGGCGUGGCCUCAAUCUGAAGAUGAAGUUUGUGUGUGGACAGUGUUGGAGGGAGGGGCAGGUCAACGAGCCAGACAAGUCACUAAAGUACUGCACUGCCAAAGCCAGGCACAGCUGGACAAAAGAGCGCAGGGUGUUGCUAGUGAAAUCAUUUGAGAAGAAAAAGUGGGUAGUAGUGCGACCACUACCUUUUUCUCGCACCUACCCCCAACAAUAUGAUAUGUGCGUUCAUGUCAUGAAACAGAAGAAGUGCCACUAUAUUGGGAACUGUUCUUUUGCACACAGUUUGGAGGAGAGGGAUGUGUGGACCUACAUGAAAAACAACAGUUUGAGAGAUAUGCAGCAGAUGUACGAGAUGUGGCUAUCGUUGACCAAUCAAAACCGGCGAGCAGAUGGCACCCUCUUGACUCCACCCCCAGAGGAAAAACAGAUCGCCAUGCCAACUGACUAUUCUGAGUCAAUGGUUGGGCGGCGGCUGUCUGGUGGUGGAGGCGAUCUGUGACCUUUCAGGCAAUGUGGUUGUCUGGAUGAAACUUCCUGAUCAGAUGUCCCCUUUCUUCCCUGCUCUUUCAGUGCCACCCUGGGAAGUAUCAGGCUCUAUUGCCCUGCAGGGCAGAGUGCCUGAUUAUAGGACUAACACAGUGAUUGUUGUCUCACACACACACACACACACACACCCCACAUGUUAUCACUUUUUAACAAACAUACUUGCACACUCACUGACAUGACAUUCGGCACAGACUCAUAGGGUGUCAUGUAUGUGAAAGUGCACACUGGUACUAUUACAGCUAACUUAAGUAAGGGCAGUUUUUGAGUUCCUUAAUUACAUUUAUGAGGAGUUGCAGGUGAAAUGUCACAUCUUUUCCCUCGAACCUCACUGUUCCCACAGUGCUUGAAAAACUCUUGGCCAAGAAGGACUGGUUCACCAACUGUCAAGUCAAACCACCAAUCAAGACGCUGCUCGUGUUUCUGUCAGGUAUGCAUUGGCAGAUUUAGGAAGUGGUGCUUAACUCUGGACUCCUGCCAUAUUGGUAGAGGAGUUUGAAUGUAUAGCCAACAAUGGCCAUUUACAGGAAAAUUGAAAUUUGUCAGGUGUAGAAUGUAUUUGAUACACCAAGGCAAUUAAGUUCUAACUUUAAAACCUGCCCCCAGCAACAACUGAUCUUUCUUGCAUAAUCCCAUUUACAGAUCUUGCACUGACAUGCACUCAUUCCUCAUUUGUUCAGCAUGCACUGAUUAACAGUUGUGCAGUGUUUGGUAAAGAGCAGAAAGCAAUGACUGGAGGGCUGUUUGCACAAAGUCUGCAGUCCCCGUCCAGCAUGAUGUGACCAUUUAGAUUAAAACAGUUUGGUUCCAGUUCAACUGUGAUUGUAUUCACUUGAUAAAACAAUUUUUGCUUAGGUUGAGAAUAUUAAGAUGAGUGAUUAUUGGUUGGAAUAGACUUCCAUGUAAUUUCAUUCGAGUUUAUAGAUUGGAAUCUAUAAACAAUAUCCAUAAACACUCUCAAAGGAACCCCACAGUUCAACAGGCCAGUAACCUAACAGUUCUCCAUAUGUAACAUUUAUUUAUAGAAGCAUGGAGACAAAUUAGCAAGAAAAUAGGCAAAAGAGCUCUACUUGCCCUGCCUAUGCAUAGUUAUAGCCAGUCCAAAUAUAUACUGUCAAGACAUACUGUGCUACCCUUAGUAAGCCUCGUCCUUACUUUUAGAUGACAUUAUAUAUACAUAUAUAUAUAAACACACACACACACACACACACACACACACACACGUACAGAAUAUAUAUAUAUAUAUCCUAUAUCGGCAUACUAAUAAUGAUUAUUGAUAACUUAGCAGUUAAGCUUAAUUAAGUAUACCCUUACCUUGUAUUGAAUACAUAGAACAUCUUGUUAUUGAGCUAUGCUUUAUGACAUGUAUUGCUGAUUAGAUGGCUAGUGAUUUUUUUUCUUGUGUGAGUCACUCCAGGAAUGUCAGUUUUGUGAGAUCAAGAUGGGAAUUUGCUGUCCCUAACUGUCUUAAAUCCUAAAGAAUAGUAAUUGAUGGGAAACUUGUUGUAAGCACCCUGAGAUUAUGUGUUAUGGAAAAGAGAAUCAAGUACUUUGAUUUGGAUGUAAUAGUUAAAAAAAUAAGAUAUGAAGAUCAGAUUUGGGCAAAAAAAGAUUCCAGCUGGAAUGGAGAUUUAAUUGGCACGUUCUGGAGUGACCUAGUUGUACGCUUCACUGAGAGCUCAUAUUAUUACUACUGCUAUUAUUAUGAUGAUGACAGUGAUAAUAGUGAUUGCCAUUAUGACUACUUCUAUUCUACUAUAUGCUAUUGAUAUAUGUAUAUGUUAAUUGCGAUGUAUAACACUUUUAAAUAUAUGUAUCCAUGUAUGAAUAUAAUACUUAACCGUGAAAUAUGUCUUUGUAUGCUUCGUGAACUGUCCAGAAUAGAGGAAUUCGAUUAUUUAAUGUCACCUGCUGGAGAUCCUAUGGUAGUUAUCUGUUUGUUGUUGUUUAACCUGAAGACAAAUGACAAGCAAGAGACAGCAUCAACAUUUAGAGUGUGAGAGGAAGCCAUGAUAUUGUGAAGUGUAAAUGUUUGUCUUCAAAGUCCUCUCUAUUGUUAAAAACAAUGGCUGAGGGAACCUGUGAUUCUCUUUUGAGUGGUGUAGGAUUUAUGGAGCGGUUAAAGCAAAAACACUCCACUGCUCUCUUGAUCUUUUUGAUAUAGCUAUACCACAUCAGCUGUACUGUGACAGAACACAAAGCAUACAUGGAUAUUUAUGAUUGUCUGCAUAGCGCCUUAUACAUUAUGAACAUAUAUACAAUUAUAAAUACCUUAACAAAUAAUCCUACUUAUUCGGUUUAAUGAUAUAUAUAUAUACACUGCUAGACAACUUUAUGAAAUAGAUUCAAGGGGAUGAAAGUGUAUUGUGAAAUUUCUCUGGUUGUUUUGUGAAAAUGGAGACAAACAUACUUUGUUUUGUACACAAAUCUCAUCUGAAAUGUACAGCAUAAUUUUCAGAUUGCUGUGAGAGUUAUUAGUAUCCAUAGCCUACAGUUGGUAGAGCUGAGGUAGUGUGCAUAUCCACAUAGAGAAAGAACACAAAUUGAAACCAGAGUAUCUCCGUUGACGGUCUCUUGUUCUCAAACAUGAGAUGGGGUUUGCAAUUGGUUAUAUCAAAGGGUUGGUACUGGCCAUUCAAUGUCUGAAGGCUGGGGUAAUCUACUCCGCGAUCUCCUGCUCUGCUUGAGUUUACUUUAUCCUGAAACUGGAAUGUUCUGGGCUCUCUGGACUUAGAAAGAUUGACUGUGUUUGAAGGAACUUUGUGUUUCACACUUUCUGGGUGAAGUUGAAAAACAGCAGCAUGUUCAAAAUAAUCCAUAUUCAGCCUAAAAGGACAAUGUGGGUUUUAUCAAACAUUGGAUUUGUAUCUGUCAAGACAUUUCUGUUAAAAUGGGUUUAUUUUAUGAUCCAAAUCAGGGUUUUGAAAAAAUGAAAAGUAAAAACAACAAUGCCUCUUUUUUACUGUAUUUUUACAUUUGUUUGUUUUGUUUAUCCUUUUUCUCCCUGUUUGGAAGUGAAAUAUGAUCACAGUGGACCAAAUCUCAUGAAAGUGUUUAACAAUAAAUAGACUGUUUUAGAAAAUGUGUGAUUUAAUUGACUUGAAUUACCUUUUACUUUUCAAUUUUCACUUGCUGCUUAUUUUAAUACUUAUGCGUUUAAGCUUCCAUUCAGGUGUGCAUGUAAGUAUGCUGUUGUAGGGCUAUGCUGUUGUAGGGCUAUGCUGAUGAAGGACUGUGAAAUAUAACUCACUUUAGCAUUCCCACUGACUCGUCAUGGUGAGUCUGCCUGGGGAAGUAUUCCUGAGCUCUUCAGCUCUUGCCACCACACUUUGGUCAGAUAUUUAAUAUAAGUUACAUGUUUUAUCACAUAUUGGUGCCAUAUUUGGUCUAGCUGAUGGCAUGAACGGAAAUGUGAUGCAAUCAGUGGGGAUGUCAAGCAUCAGAAAGUAACAAUUAAGAGCUAUUGCUCAAACAUGGGUUACAGAGAUUUGUUAAUGUACCUCUUCAACCCAUCAGAGGCCUCUGGGUUUAAUCAACUUUCUGUUUUCUUUCAGUUGUCUUGGUAGUUUCAUUCCACUGUGAUGGCCUUUUACUUGAUGUAACUGCUCAAAAUAUAAGAGGUAAAUUUAGCUGCUGAUCUGGGAGACAGUCUUACGAGGCCUCUA